UAUAUAUAUAUAUAUAUAUAUAUAUUAUUAAAAAAAUCUCAAAAUUGUACCAAGGUUCUUGCAUGUGAUGCACCAUAAUAUAGCUUGUACUAUCAACGUAAGCACUAUAAUAAUGAUGCAAGAUUAGGAGAGAACGAAUGCAUAUAAUCUGUAUUAAUUAUUAAAGUAGUAGAAUAAUACAUUCACACGUAAUAAUUUCUAGAAGGCUCCAUACAUGUGAAUGUGUUGAUGACUUUCGUCUUCCCAUUUGUUGCCUAAUAUGGGAAAUUUUCUGAAAUAAAAACACUUUCUAUUAGUCUUGGUCUCCCUAAUUCCAGGUCAUUUCUAAUGAUUCCUCCAUCCUUUCCUUGUAUCUAUCAUAAAUAUAUAUUAUUACACGCUUUAAUUGUUAUCUUGAGCCGCCUGGAUUAUUUUAAUUGUUAUCUUGAGCCGCCGGGUCCAUCUCAACACAGUCAAAAAACACCAUGUAAACACCAUACUUGAUAUUUAAAAAAUCACGCACCAUUUAAAAAGCUUACCACUAGCUGCUGAACCUGGAAAUGAAUUCUGGAUCUCCAAAAAUGAGAAGCUCCAUUCUUGAAUCUCUUCAUCUUUCCUUGUUGUUCCUCCUUUUAUCCUCUUCUUUCCCCGUUGCAAUUUCAAGAUCUCGGUCUUCUUUAAAGAUCGGCGAUUCUAUAUCCGUCGGAAAAGAAUCGGAGUUUCUCAUCUCUCCCGACAAUUCAUUCACAUGCGGCUUCUACAGCCUUGGAACCAAUGCAAACUGGUUCGGUAUAUGGUUCGCUAACACCGGGGCCCGCCACACGGUGGUUUGGACGGCUAACCGUAACCGCCCCGUCAACGUCAAGGGCUCGAAAGCAACACUCCGUCGAGACGGCACAAUGGUGCUCACAGACGUGGACGAAGCCAUUGUGUGGCAGACGAACACUGUUUCUACUGACGUGGCGGCAGCCGAGCUUCUCGACUCGGGAAACCUCGUCUUGAAGAACCCACUUGGCGAAAUUCUCUGGCAAAGCUUCGAUUUUCCUACGGACACUCUUUUGCCUACUCAACUGCUGACCAAGAAUACCAGGUUGACAUCUGCAUUAAGCAUGGACAAUUGUGGAUCGGGCUACUUUAAUUUGUACUACGGUAGUGACAAUGUUCUGAGGUUGAUAUCCGAUAGCCCCGAUACAUCCACAAUCUACUGGCCGAAUCCCGAUCUUAGUACAUACUCAAAUGGCAGAACAAACUAUAACAGUAGCAGAAUAGCGGUUCUUGAUCGAAAGGGCAGGUUUCUUUCAAGUGAUCUAUUGCAAUUCAACGCUUCCGAUAUGGGGUACGGAAUAAAGAGGAGGCUGACAAUAGACUACGACGGCAAUCUCAGAGUGUACAGUUUGGAUAAUUCGACAUCACUUUGGGCUAUUACAUGGCAAGCUCUUAUACAACCUUGUAACGUUAAAAGUAUUUGUGGAAGAAACUCGAUAUGCGUUUACUCACCCGAGAUAAAGUGCACUUGUCCGCCUGGAUUCAAGGUGAAAGAUCCAAGUGAUUGGAACUCGGGAUGCAAGGCCAUGUUCGAUGAAACUCUCUUGAAUUCAGAGAAAGUCAAAUUCUUGGAGAUCCAUCAUACAGAUUUCUACGGAUUUGAUCUGAAUUGGACUCCUCUUCUGACAUUCGAAACCUGCAGAGAUACGUGUGUGAAAGAUUAUCGUUGUCAGGCAUUCAGCUACAGGCUACUAGGAAACGGGUAUUGUUACACAAAGAGUGCACUUCUCAAUGGCUACACCUCACCGGACUUCCCAGGUAGCAUCUACAUCAAGAUUCCCGCUAGUGUGGAUCCAUCAAAGCCUGAUAUAUUCAAUCCCAGUAGCUCGAAUUGUGCAUUGACUGCAGCGGAGAUUCUCGUUGGCUCCCCCUCGAUGUACGAUUUCAACAGUAAGAGGGUGAGAUGGGCUUAUGUAUACUCUUUCGCUGCAGCUUUGGGAGUGAUUGAGGCUACGUUUGUGCUCAUAGGGUGGUGGUUCUUGUUCAGAAAGCACGGUGUUCCGGCAUCGGUAGAGGCAGGAUACCAAAUGAUAUCGAGCCAGUUCAGGCGGUACAGUUACUCGGAGAUAAAGAAAGCCACCGGAAACUUCAAGGAGGAGUUAGGCAGAGGAGGCUCCGGCGUGGUGUAUAGAGGGGUUUUGUCGGACGAAAGAGUUGUGGCGGUUAAGAGAUUGGGAGAUGCUUAUCAGGCGCAAGAAGAGUACUUUGCGGAGAUCAGUACUCUCGGGAAGAUCAAUCACAUGAAUCUUGUUAGAAUAUGGGGGUUUUGUUCGGACAGAAGGCACAGGCUGCUUGUGUAUGAAUACAUCGACAACCUGUCGUUGGACAAGCAUAUCUUCGGCGGCGGCAGCCAUCUCGGUUGGAAACAGAGGUACGCGGUGGCGGUGGGGACGGCCAAGGGUUUGGCGUAUCUACACCAUGAGUGUUUGGAAUGGGUAAUCCACUGUGAUGUGAAGCCGGAGAAUAUACUUCUGGACAGUGAUUUUCAGCCGAAGAUUGCUGAUUUCGGGUUGGCGAAUCUGUCGCAGAGAGAAGGGCCAGGUUCGGAGUUUACUAGGGUUCGUGGGACGAAGGGGUAUAUGGCGCCGGAAUGGGCGUUGAAUCAUCCAAUUACGGCGAAAGUUGAUGUGUUUGGGUAUGGGGUGGUGAUUUUGGAAAUGGUAAGGGGGUUGAGAUUGUACGAUUGGGUGGCGGAGGACGGCGAUGGUGAUGAGGCUGCGGUGGCGAAUUUUUGCAGGAAAACAAAGGAGAGGAUGAAUAAUGGGGAUUCGGCCUGGGUGGAAGGUGUUGUGGACUCGCGAUUGGAGGGGAGAUUUAGUAGAAACCAGGCGGCGGCGUUGAUUCUGACGGGGGUUUGUUGUGUGGAGGAAGAUAGAAACAAGCGGCCGACGAUGGCGUCUGUUGUGCAGACGUUGUUGGAAUGUGAAGACGAAGACGAACACGAAGCUUGAGUUUUUUUAUUUAAUUUAGAAAAAAAAAAAUAAUGUGGGAAAAUAAAU